GAUAAAUCAGGCUAGCGGGUGGCCAGCUCAUUGCUGGGCGGUGCCUGAGGCGGGAGGUGGAACCCGAGGCACCAAUCUAAAGGCGGGCCCAAAGGGCAGAGCUCGGGCGGUGAGAAGAAAGUUCCGGCAAGGCACUCCGAGCUUCAAGAGACUGUGGGGGAGGGGCCGGGCGACAGGGGUGGGACUGGAGUCCCAGGCCUGAAACCACAUUGGACGACUGGGCGUGGCUGAGUAGCCCGAGGGCGGGGCGCAGGAGGGGCUCAACAUUUCCCAGCCAGCAGCAACACGCAGGGUCUGUGGCUGCUCAACUUCUGCUAGCGUGGAAAGAAUCUGCCGGUGAAUCGCUUCUUCCCCUUUUUACGUGUGGUGGUCAGUGCGACUCCAGCAGGCCAGAUUCAGAUGGGCUUGGUGCGGUGGUUCCUUCCUUAGCUGGGGACUAAUGUCCCAGAACUUUCGGGAGAAGAGCCAGGCCUACCCGCGACACCGACCUAGUAGCAACGCAGGCCCUAAAGGCCUCGAAGUCACCCCAGCAGCAGCCAUGUACACUUUCCUGCCUGACAAUUUUUCACCUGCCAAACCCAAGCCCACCAAAGAACUGAGGCCUCUGCUGGGCUCGGCGGUGUUGGGACUACUGCUGGUGCUGGCGGCGGUUGUGGCCUGGUGUUACUACAGCGCCUCGCUACGCAAAGCCGAACGCCUGCGCGCAGAGCUGCUGGACCUCAAUCCUGGCGGCUUCUCCAUCCGUAACCAGAAGGGUGAGCAAGUCUUCCGCCUGGCCUUCCGUUCAGGUGAGCUGGACCUGGACUCCUGUAGCCGGGAGGGUGCCCGGCUUGGUUGCUCCCGAACAGUCGAUGAGCGCCCGUUGUACUUCUUCAUCCAGACUGUAAAACCCAAGGACACUGUCAUGUGCUACCGCGUGCGCUGGGAGGAAGCUACACCGGGGCGUGCUGUGGAGCACGCCAUGUUUCUGGGAGAUGCUGCGGCGCACUGGUAUGGCGGCGCAGAGAUGAGGACGCAACACUGGCCUAUCCGCCUGGAUGGCCAGCAGGAGCCUCAGCCAUUUGUCACGAGCGACGUCUACUCUUCUGACGCCGCCUUCGGGGGCAUCCUCGAGCGCUACUGGUUAUCUUCACGCGCGGCCGCCAUCAAAGUUAAUGACUCCGUGCCCUUCCACCUGGGUUGGAACGGCACGGAGCGUUCGAUGCGGCUGCAGGCACGCUACCAUGACACGUCUUACAAGCCACCAGCUGGCCGUACUGCAGCGCCAGAGCUCAGCUAUCGCGUGUGCGUGGGCUCAGAUGUCACCUCCAUCCAUAAAUACAUGGUUCGGCGUUAUUUCAACAAGCCAUCCAGGGUACCAGCAGCAGAGGCCUUCCGAGACCCCAUUUGGUCCACGUGGGCGCUGUAUGGGCGCGCCGUGGACCAGAACAAGGUGCUGCAAUUCGCCCAGCAGAUCCGUCAGCACCGCUUCAACAGCAGCCACCUGGAAAUCGAUGACAUGUACACACCCGCCUAUGGCGACUUCGAUUUCGACGAGGGCAAGUUCCCCAAUGCCACUGACAUGUUCCACCGCCUGCGAGAGGCUGGCUUCCGUGUCACACUUUGGGUGCAUCCGUUUGUCAACUACAACUCGUCGCGCUUCGGCGAGGGCGUGGAGCGUGAGCUGUUCGUGCGCGAGCCCACGGGCCGGCUGCCAGCGCUGGUGCGCUGGUGGAACGGCAUUGGCGCAGUGCUGGACUUCACGCGCCCAGAGGCCCGAGACUGGUUCCAGGGACAUCUACGGCGCCUGCGCUCACGCUACAACGUGGAAUCCUUUAAGUUCGACGCGGGUGAGGUCAGCUACCUGCCCCGGGACUUCAGCACCUACAGGCCUCUGCCCGACCCCAGUGUGUGGAGCCGACGGUACACCGAGAUGGCGCUGCCCUUCUUCUCGCUAGCCGAGGUUCGCGUCGGGUACCAGUCACAAAACAUCUCCUGUUUCUUCCGCCUGGUGGACCGCGACUCGGUAUGGGGCUACGACCUGGGCCUGCGCUCUCUUAUCCCUGCCGUGCUCACGGUCAGUAUGCUGGGCUAUCCGUUCAUCCUGCCCGAUAUGGUGGGUGGCAACGCGGUGCCAGAGCGCACAGCCGGCCGCCAAGAUGGGCUGGGGCCGGAUCGCGAGCUCUAUGUGCGCUGGCUGGAGGUGGCGGCCUUCAUGCCUGCCAUGCAGUUUUCAAUCCCGCCCUGGCAGUACGACGCAGAAGUGGUAGCCAUCGCGCACAAGUUCGCCGCUCUGCGCGCCUCACUCGUGGCACCACUGCUGCUCGAGCUCGCUAGUGAGGUCACCGACACUGGCGACCCCAUCGUGCGCCCCCUGUGGUGGAUCGCACCGGGGGAUGAAACCGCUCACCGCACCGACUCGCAGUUCCUUAUCGGGGAUACGCUGCUGGUGGCGCCGGUGCUGGAGCCUGGUAAGCAGGAGCGUGAUGUCUAUCUGCCCGCCGGCAAGUGGCGCAGCUACAAGGGUGAGCUUUUUGACAAGACGCCGGUGCUGCUCACGGAUUACCCGGUCGACCUGGACGAGGUCGCAUAUUUCACUUGGGCGUCCUGACCCUCUUCGAGACCUAAUAGGAAUCCCACAGCCCUAAUCCCAGCCUUCAGGCAGAGUUUUAAUCCUUUACCAUACCUAAAUGGUGCACCCUCAGGAAGUUCCCACCUAUGUUCCUCCUAGGAAGUGGGCACUGACUUAAAAGUACUCCAGCCAACAGCUGGAACAACCCCCUGCCCCAGUGCACAAUCCUAACAGCCCCACCCCACCCCAGACGUUGACUCCAGUCUUCAGAAACCUCUUCCCUGGGUCCGAGGCCAGAGAACUCAGGACAAAGGUCUGUUCUUUCUGUUACACAGGGUCUGGUUUUAAAAACACACAGAGAAACCUCUUUUCCCCCUGACCUUUGUAGCCAUCUUUGUCCUCUGAGAUGAGGAACCGAUUCUCUUCAAAAGUUCCCAGAUAGUUUCCUACCAUAUUUAGAAAGUGUACCUUUAGCUGGGCAGUGGUGGCGCCUGCCUUUAAUCCUGGCACUUGGGAAGCAGAGGUAGGAAGAUCUCCAAGUUAAAGGCCAUCCUGUUCUACAGAAUGAGUUCCAGGACAAGCCAGGGCUACACAGAGAAACCCCGUCUUGGAAAAAAACAAACAAAACAAAACAUAAAAAGAAAGUGUACCUUCUUGACGACAGCAGCGAGGCCCUGAGCUGCUAACACACACCUGAACAGUGAUUGACCUGGUCCUACUCCAUCUGGGGAAGAAAAGAUACAGACGUUUGGUUUGGCCAGCUGACAAGGAAGCAAAAGGUCUCUUCCUAGGCAGCAGGAGAGCUGGGCUCAGCCUGAACUAAUUGUCUCUGUGAACAGACUCAACACUACACUAACCUAUUCGUGUAUAUUCUGAAUUCAACCUGGACCCAGCCCUGGGCCGCAAGUGCCUAGUGGGCAGAUUUGCAGGGCCAUGCAGGCCGGACUUGAUGCCUUAAUUCAAGAACCUGUGUCUAUGUGUAUGUGUACACAUACUUAUAUCUGUGUGUGUGCGUUUGUGUGUGUGUGUGUGAGAGAGAGAGAGAGUGUGGGUGUGUGGGUGUGAGAGAGAGAGAGUGUGUGUGUGUGAGAGAGAGAGAGGAGAGAGGGUGUGUGUGUGAGAGAGAGAGAGAGAGAGAGAGAGAGAGAGAGCGAGGAGAGAGCGCCACCGUGGGUCUCUAAUCCACAGAAUGAAUGGAAUAUCCCUGAGGCUGGACAAGUCUAGAGAGAGGAGGAUCCAGGGGCAAACUCAAGACUUCGAUUGUUGAGCUAGCCCCUUCCCAAAUGGUUUCCCUAGGAGGACGCCAGCCAAGUUUAAGGAUUCAAAACGCUAGAGCAGGCCUGAGGAGGUGACUCCAGUAGGUGAAGGCACUUACUGGCGAGCUGACAACCUGAGUUCAAUCCCUAGGUCAUGUUUUUUUUUUUUUUUUUUUUUUUGAAUUUUCGAGACAGGGUUUCUCCGUAGCUUUUGGAGCCUGUCCUGGAACUAGCUCUUGUAGACCAGGCUGGCCUCGAACUCACAGAGAUCCUCCUGCCUCUGCCUCCCAAGUGCUGGGAUUAAAGGCGCGCGCCACUACCGCCCGGCGGCCUAGGUCCUGUUGUAAAAGGAAAUAAACAGCCCUUUAUAAUUACUUAACUAUCAGCUGGGUGGUGGUGGUCCGUGCCUUUAAUCCCAGCACUAGGGAGGCAGAGGUAGGCGGAUCUCUGUGAACCCAAGGCUAGCCUGGUCUACAGAGCGAAUUCCAGGACAGCCAGGGCUACACAGAGAAACCCUGUUUCAAAGAAGAAAAAAAAAAUUACAUAGCUGUCUCACUCUGCACACAUGCUCAAGAGUGGCCUAAAAGGGAACCAUGUUCUUACUCCAGGAGUGAUGUGUUUGGCACAUGAAUGGCAUUACACACUGACUCCUGCCAACACAUGUACCGGGAAGGUCUUUCAUCUCAGAAAUUCUCCUGUUCUAAGAUCAACUCCAGUCAGGUUUUCAUGACUCUGGCUAAGUCUGGGGGAGCGGCUUGCCAGAGAAGGUGGACCCCGAGGACCACCUCUCAGCUUCCCUCAGUGGCUCUGACGGCAGCGCCUGUGCCUGGGUGAGAAGCCCUGAGCUUCAGGGUUCCCACAGACGUCCUUCUCCAGUGCCAAUUCUUUUGUCCCUUUUCAUUGGCGAUGUUGAAGACAGAACCCAGAGCCCCAAGCAUACUAAGCAAGCUCUCUUCCAGUGAGCUACUUCCCCAGUUGGUCUUUAUUUGCCAGUCAGCUGGGUGACCUUGAAUAAGCCGCUCAACCCCACUGAGCCUCUGAAAGUGAUGAUGAUGCCUACCUCCGAGGCCAUUUUUAUAACGAGCACAGAUGUACAGAAAGUGCCUGGCACAAAGCAGGGGCUCAAUAAAAGAUGGCUCUUGUGGUGCUUGUUGUUUUCUUGUUUAAAAACAAGGGUUCUUUGGGUUUUUAUUUAUUCAUUUAUUUACUUAUUUGUUUUUUCCAGACAGGGUUUCUCUGUGUAGCUUUGGAGCCUGUCCUGGAACUCACUCAGUAAACCAGGCUGGCUUCGGACUCACAGAGAUCCACCUGCUUCUGCCUCCCAAGGGCUGGGAUUAAUGGCGUGCGCCACCACCGCCCAGCUGGGAUUUUUAAAGACUUAUUUUAUGCAUGUGAGCGUCUUGCCUGCAUGUGCUUGCAGAGGUGAGAAAUGAGCAACAGAUCCUCUGGAACUAGCAUUAUGGGUGGUUGUGAGGCAUCAUGUGGGUGCCGGGAAUCGGACUCAGGUUCUCCGUAAGAGCAACAAAUGCUCUUAACUGCUGAGCCACCUCUCCAGCCCCUUCUGGCCUUGUCCUGUCCCCCCACCCCUGCCAGCACCUCUUGUGCAGUCCAAAUUUGUCUCUCUCCCUGUACAUUGGUUCUGAAAGUCUAACGUUGCUCCACAAGGCCUUGUACUCGCUGGUCUCUCCCUGCACCUAGGCUGCUGUUUACGUGUCAGUGGGGGUGACGUCCAGUAAUCUGGAACCCCCUUCUCUAGAGGUAAUGGAGAGAACCUAAAUGGCCACUGAAGGGGACUUUGGGAUAGGUUAUGAAUGGGUUAAGCUUUAGCCAAGUGGGUUUCCUAAGAGAAUUUUGGCCGUUAUUCCCCACUUCUGAGUAAAGUGUCUCUGAUUCCUGCUUUGAAUCCAGAGCAAGCAUUCUGCUGGUUCUCCUCCACAAGCACCGGGGACCCUUCUUCCCCAAAUCCAGGGUGAGACUGGCCUCUCCACGGCCCCUGUUGAACAAAGGCUUAAAGAGUGGUUUGCUAAAAGCAUUGACUCUUUCCUUGGCCCUCCAGGUGCGCAAUGGGUUAACUAAAAAGGCAGAGCGAAAGUUUGGUCGAUGCCCCCUUGUGCACCUGUUUCCUUUGCACCCAGUCACUCUCGCACAGUCCGGUAGAUUCCAGGAACACAGCCCCCAUAAACAUCUGUGACCAGGAUCAAAGCCACCCCUACCCCAGGCAACUGAACAAGGCCUGCCAGACCAACCCUGAGAUAAUGAUCAGCCAGACCACAGUCGGACCAAGGUUGAUUAACUACAUGCCUCUUGCUCUUGAUUCUGUCCCUUUCGAACGUAAUCCAGGAGCGAGCGCCUCUAAUGCCAGGGCUGAAGACAUUGCCCGCCUUGUCUUCCUAGUAUAGUUACGCUGGUGGAAAUUCCUUUCCUGCUUUUCACUGUUUCUCUGUUUUGGAGUCAGAUUUGUCGGAUCCCUAGAGUCUGACCUCUAGGAUUCCAGCAACAUUCCCCCACUUCAGGCCUUGUCGCGACAUUCCGCUGGUAGGCCUUCAAGUCAAACCCACACAAGUCUACAACCAUACCACCCCAAACAUGUCUGAUCUCAUCCAAUCCACUGAGCAGUCAAGGAGAGCUAUCCAAAGUUCAGUCAUGUCUCUUGAGGGGUGGGGGGAAAUCCAAGCUCUGGUUGGUGUUCAAACCUUCAGGUACAUAUAAGUAUAGUUUGAAAAGCAUUUGAAGAAACACUGCCUCCUAUCCUGGGGACAGCUGCACAGUUAUCCCUUGCCAGGAGAGGUCUGCUCAGACUUAGCCUUGAAGGAAAAUGCAGUGGCCACUGGGUGGUUUCCUUCCCUUCCAUUGUUUGGCUCCCAGGGCUUCGGCACACAACCCCCACAGGGUACACCCCAGCUCCAAGGCACAGGCUGUGUUUUUAAUCUUCGAGCUAAUCAUUUACUUCAGCAAGCCCAAGGAUCUUUCCAGCAGCUUGAUAAGAGGGGAGCUAUUCAGCUUGGGGUGGCAAAUUCUCAGUGGCAUUGGAGGAGAUAUGGGAAGGACUCAGAAGGCCGCCCUGUCCCUGGGGUGCUCAGGCCAAAGGAUGUGGAAAGUUGUGAUGUCAUGCUCUGUGUCUUUGGACUGUGUUUUCUCUCCCAGGUGCCUUAACCACUCUAGAUUACACAACGCCGAGUGGAAUGAGGGUUAUGGAAAGUUCUGACUGCCUACCUACGUACAGCCCCAAAGGGGCAGCCGGAGGAAAUUGGCACCACCCUCCAGUCCUCAAGUUAGUAAAGAACUGGGUCAGACCAAAGGCUAAGAUGAGAAGAGUUCAACAUGGGUGACGUGAGGGCCUGGUAUAUUGGACCAUGGUCCCUUGUAACUGAUUUUCUAAAAAACGUCUGGAUUUUCAUCUGCUAGCUGUGUAACCUCUCAGAGUUUGUCAAAAUUAACUACUUUUUCCAAGACCAUUUCCAUACCCUGAAGGAGACAACGAACCAUAAUAUCCCGCCUCUGUCAGGUGCUUUGAUCAGGUUGGUAGUCCCAGUGUGGUUCUGUGGCCGGCACAGCCACUUCUCCCACAGGGACUGUGCUGUCUACCAAAUGAGUCUGGUCUGCAUACUGCCUAGCUGCUACCUGAAUUCUAUUUCACUCCUCAGGGGUGAGAGUAGAAGCUUGGAUGACGUAAUAGUCAUGCCAGGUGAGAUCAUAGGUCUGGGACAAAUAACAAAACUCCUUGAUAUAAGCAGAAGGGUUAGUAGAAAAGGAACCUAGCCGCUUUUCUAUCUGAGAGAGAUCUGGAAGAGAAAAGGGAACAUGAACUUUUAUAAUGCCAUCGACUCCCGCCACCUCCCAGAGAGGGCAGAGAAGGGCAGAGCUUAGGUGGGACCUGGUAUAAGAGGAGAGAGGAGACUGGGGAGGAUUGGGAGGGGGUACCCCGGUGCGCAGA